AUGACAAUUGCCGAAGAGAAUCCCCAUGACGGGGAGAAUGGCACCUCGAAAAGCAGAGACGAGACUGUGUCGUCAGGCACCCACGAUGAUGCGCCUGACACUGGUACUACCUCCGCUACCUCCACUCGCUCGACCGCUUCUCCAGCUUUGAAGAGGUCCUCUACUACACCCACCCUUUCUUCCUCUACCUCUGCAACUACUUCGCCUAAGCCAUCCCGAGAGACCUCACCAACAAGACCUCAUGUCAAAGGUGGGCAACUGCCACCUCGUCCCACCACCCGUUCAAGAAAGAACAGCCAAGAUCAAGACAAGAGCCCCAUCCGCGCUGCCUCAGUAGCAGGUUCCGGCAUACCCACCGUACCAUCUGCUGCCGCAAUACAGCGGGCUCUAUCCGCUGCCGGCACUUCAAAUAUACCGCCUGCUGCGCAACAUGAGGUCGGGUCAGACGCAAGUAGGGCGCAAAAAACAAGCAAGCCCGUUGCAAGCCCUGCGUCAAAGGCUUCGCAACGUGCUUCACGCUUGAGCUCUCCCCCUCCAGCUGCUUCAUCAGGAUCCAACAAGCCGAUAUCGACUGCUACGCGAAAAACAGAGCAAUCUCAAUCGACCCCUUCGACACCAUCGAUUGUCGUAGACCGACCAAUAUUAGCCCCUAAGCCGACCUUUGAUCAGGCCCUGGCGGAAGAAGAUCUACCACCUCCGUCGGGAAUGAGAACUCCUACCCGAGGCGCGAGCGGCUCUGGCGCACCUCUGGAGACCGUACAGGAGAGCAGUCCUUCUGCAGACUCCGUUUUGAACAAUGUCCGUCCGAUAGACAGAAAAAAGAGUAACACGACCGAACGACCUGCACGUAUCGAUGAAGACCCUUCUGAAGAAGAUACUACUCACGAGGCCAGGUCAAGAGUAGAAAGUGGUAAUGAAAGUUCGGGAAGUAGGCAAGUAGAGACUAAUAAGAGUGGGGAUGGGUGGAAACCUGCGACAACAGCAAGCUCGGUCAAGGCACCAACCAUACAUUCAAAAAACUCCUAUACGCAACUGCCAGGCAAGCUCAAGUCAGCGAGUGAGGGAUCAGUAAAGAACAUGACUGUGGAGACUGAGACUGUCAGCUCCAUACCACAGGUUGCCGUUGGUGGAGGUGCCGGGGAGCGCGGCGCACCUGCCCGCUCUGACACUGGUGGCAGCGUUCGUUUGAAACCAAGCACGGAGACCAUUCGGCCAAAGAAGGAAAAGAAGAAGGUGGUUCGCAAAGCUCCCCCCGUGAAUGCAGGAAAUGGUGGGUACCUAUCUCGACUUUUCUUCAAUCAUCGUAAUCUUUGUUCUCGGCGUCCGAGUCCUCUAUGCUCGACAGUUUCUUCGACCGAGUCUUCUACCCUUUGCAAUGAUGAGGACUUAGCCGACGAUGAUGUCAGUCCAUUGCAAUCAAAUUGGCCAGUGAACCCUCUCCCGAGAGUUCGAAGCCCCAAAGACACUGCUUUCAGUGCAAACCCCCGUGGUCCCAUCAGGAGAUAUAGUUCAGGGCUAAUGAAAUUUUCUGGGAGAACAGCCUCUUCCAAAGCAGAUGUUUUCGAAGCGAAAGUCGCAAGCGCAGUCGGCGAGGCCGACUCAUCUGAUUCUGAGGAAACUUUCGUCUACGAGUCAAACCCUCCUGAGCCCCAAUCAGCCCGAGCGCACCGAUUUCACUCACGAACCCCUAGUACUGCUUCCACGUUGAGUCAGCUUGACCAUACCAAAGUAAGGCAAGACAAUCACCAUGAUGUUGUCAAGAAAAGAAGUAUGAAAUUUGCCACUAAUUAUAGUACUAUCAACUAUGCAAAUGAUGGUGAGACGACUGUCCGAGGCCCAAGUCAAGGAAGUCGAGGGAGUGGUACACCACAUCAUCAUCAUAUUGGUCGUUUUGGUCGCGGUGGUCACACUUCGAUAAUUGAUAAAGAUUCCCCUUUUGCCAACCCUUCUAAAAGCCCCCGUUCGUCGAACGCACGCUUUCAGCAAGUCACAUCGCCUCGCCAUAAUCGUCGACAAAGUCCAGGAAAUCCGCGACUGUCAGGCAGCGUACGGAAAGCAGAAGAAGCUAUGUCAUAUGAUCUUGAAGGCGAAGGUGCAGACGACGAAAGAACACCACUAGUCGGACGGAGUGGGCGCAACCGACGCCGGGCGCUACCGGGCAGUGUCAGGCAGAUGUACCUAAGUGACGACCAUGAAAACAGGUAUUGUGGACGUAUCACCGCCUUCACGUCGCUUGGGACCGUACUUGCCCUCCUUAUUGCGGCGAUCGUGAUCACCUUAGUUCUGUGCACCAAACCACUCUACGAUGUCCAGAUCCACAGUAUCAAGAACGUUCUCGCGUCAGAGUCGGAAAUCAUGCUCGACCUGCACGUUCGUGCUACCAAUCCGAAUAUUAUUGCCGUUCAGAUUAGCGACUUGGAUGUGAACCUCUUUGCCAAGUCACGCUAUGUCCGGACUCCCUCAGCGACACCGCCCACAACAUCAACGACUUCCUCAUUCAAGAUCCGUGAAGCGACCCGUGUGCCACACCCGAGAUCAGAUUUAUUGAGGACUCCGAAAGGCAUUCUGGACCAAUUGGGCGGCAUAGAUGAAGGUACGGAUCCAAUUGAUGAAGAUCCAGCGGCAGACUCUCAGACCAUGCUACUUGGACGAAUCCUCACCUUCGACAGCCCUUUAAUUUUUGACGCUUCUCCACUCCAUCACAAGGAGCAGAUUUCAGUCGGUGAGGUACGUCUAAGCAAACCUGGAAACAGAACUGAAGAAGGAGGCUCGGCGCGGUGGGAACGGGUUCUGCAGCAUGACUUCGAACUGAUUGUUCGUGGCGUGGUGAAAUACACGUUGCCGAUUUCAUCCAAACUUCGAAGCGCGUCCAUCAGCGGGAAAGUGAUUGUGCACCCAACGGAGGAAGACAGCGAAGGAAAUGGGAGCUUCAGACUAAGCCCUCCCAGGGGCCAGGCGGACGAUGGAAGCAACGUUAUCAUUACGCCGCCACAGGCAGUUCCUGAGCGGGUUGCGCUCGAGCGGUUCAUGGAUCACGGGUAA